AUGGCUAGUGAAUUGAUCGACAAAAAGGCUAAUCAAAAUGAUCACGAUAAUAAUACCGAUAAUAAUGUUUCUAGUACUUUUAAAAUUUUAGAUUUUCUUCACUUUUGUGAACAAUUAAAGAGAACAAAACGUACAGGAUGGGUGGAUAAGGGAAUCAAAGAUCCUGAAUCUAUUUCAGAUCACAUGCACCGUAUGUCAAUACUGGCGUUAUUGCUUGAUGAUCCAACCUUGGAUAGGAACAAAUGUGUAAAGAUGGCAGUUGUACAUGAUUUAGCUGAAUGUAUAGUGGGAGACAUAACACCAUUUCAAGGCAUAAGUAAAUCAGAAAAAAAUCGUAGAGAAUCGGAGGCAAUGAAACAUCUGUGCAAAGAAUUACUUAAUGACUCUCAACAAUCUAAAGAAAUAUUUGAUUUAUGGCAAGAAUAUGAAGAUGGAAUUAGUAAUGAAGCAAAAUUUGUUAAAGAUUUGGAUAAAUUUGAAUUGAUACUUCAAGCAUUUGAAUAUGAACAAUCUCAAAAUAAAGAUUUAGAAGAGUUUUUUGAGUCAACAAAAGGAAAAUUUAAUCAUUCGCUUGUAAAAUCAUGGGUUGGAGAAUUAUAUCGCAAGCAAGUAAAGGUAGGUAUGGAUGUAGAUAAAAAAGAAAAAAUAGAAGAUGAUAUUGACGACAAGGAGGAUGAUUGGAUUGUGCAGCAAUCAUCGCAUAAAUGGAUUUAG